GGAAUUUUUACAGAUCAGAUAUGCUGAUUUUGUAAGACUACAGGGAAUGCAUGCUGCGGUUUGGGAUGCACUCAGUCCAACAGCAGCAGAGGAUGCAGCCAUUCCCGCCCCCCGAAAGGACGCCGCGCUCCACCGACUGCUUUAUCCGAGGACUCGUUAUGAAGCCAACCCACAAACAAAGCCUACACUCUUAAAAUGAUCUUUUCACUUCUCUUGACUGUCCCUUAUCCCGUUUUCCCUACAGCUUUUCCCAGAGUUUAGGGAGGUCUGUGGAGCAUGACUUAAACACUUUUGACCCUCUUUCACCGCUUUCCCCCCUGGUUACGCCCUACCCCACCGCCGGGCAGCGGGGGAAGCAGCCGGUGGGUAAUGCCCACGCUGGAUGAGGAGUUUAGCAUUUCAAAUGUAGCAAGUGUCUUCUCUCCACCAUUCUUUUAUUUUCCGACACAUCUUAAGAGAGAUCUUUACCGUAAAGUUACAAGCAAAUUACCUUUAGGGGUAUAAAGAAAAAAACUCUACCAUUGUGUCCGUGUAUUUGACUGGAUGAUACAACUGAAUGCGGUGUACAGAAUGCUGCAUUUCGCAGACAGCUGAUUCUGUUUAUAGGUUCCUACAUGAAUAAUGAUAAAGGAGACGAAGAGAUUGAAAUGCUACUUCACUUUCUUCUGUUUCACCUCUUCCUGUUUUCUGAAGGUUGUUACUGUGUAAAAAAAAAAGAAAAAACAACUUCCUACUUCUAAUCUGUUUCAAGUCUUUGUCCUCGUUUCCCUCUGCUUGCAUCAAGUAUUGACAGAAAUGAAACUUCUUUUGCUGAAAUGCCUGGCUCGAUGAAAGCUACCUCCGUGUAUGGCAGCCGGCCUUCGCGAUGGAGCAGCCCGCCGUCACAGCUGCGGGGGCAGAGCCACCGGCUCCCGCGGCCCCUCUUCACCCCGCGCAGGUUCGGCAGCGGGGGCCAGCGCCGCCCCAGCCCCUCUAUGUGAAAGCGCUCCCCGUGCCGCUGUACCAGCCCGGGGGCUGGCAGCCCGGCAGCCCGCUGGUGACCGGCAGGAGCUGCGUGCGGCUGGAGGGCAGCGGCCUGCCGCUCAUCCUCAACACGCUGCUGCCCGCUGACGGCUCCCAGCAGCCUCCCUCCGCCUUUCAGAAGCAGCUCGGGCAAACCCUGACGCUGAACAUAGUGAGCACUUUGCCGGUUUUAUCAUCACCAAAUUCUUGUGUAAGUGCGUCUAUUGGAAGCCCAGGAAAAUCAAAAAAAGCUGGGAAAUAUAUCUGCAAACACUGUGGACGAGAUUGUUUGAAGCCAAGUGUCCUUGAGAAGCACAUUCGCUCUCACACGGGCGAGAGGCCCUUCCCUUGCACCACUUGUGGUAUCGCGUUUAAGACUCAGAGCAAUUUGUAUAAGCACAGAAGAACUCAAACACACGUCAACAACACCAGACUGCCCUCAGACUCGGACAACACUGCCAUAUUGGAGCAAAAUGAGAAAUCAGCAGAGAGCAUUGCGUCACAUCAAAGCAGCAAACUGCUCAGUGGCACCGGGGAGGACAAGGGGGUGCAAAUGGAACAAGUGAGUUCAGAGACCAGCGCGGACACUAAGAAACUUCCUAAUGACCUUUCGCUGCCGGCCACAAGCAAUUCAUCAUUUGCUUUGGAAAGUCAAGAAACCACGAAUCAGUCCUCUAGUUCAAAGGCUAAUCAGGGGGUUCCUGAAAGAGAACCCCAAAGCUCAUCAUCUCCAGGGGCUUUGCCAAAUGGUCAGUGCCAGAGAAAGAAGAUACAGGAGCAAAGAAGCCCAACUGCCAAUAAGCACAUUCAGCUGCAAAGGCAGCAGGCAACCUCUUCGGAAAAGCAGUGGGAUUACAAGCCGUUUGACUGCAAGCUGAAGAAGUGUGAGAGCACGGACUCGGGGUACCUGUCCCGCUCCGACAGUGCGGAGCUGCAGCUGGCGUCCCCCAGCCCGCUCCACAGCCUCUGCCAGCCCAGCGCCGAGCUGGAAAACCAGCCUGCCCUCGGCACCCCGGGCUGCGCCAGGCUGGAGGCGGCUGAGAAAGCUACGGCCUUGAUGCUAGAGAAAAAGAAGCUGGAAGAACACAUUUCAAAACUUAUUUCUCAUAACAAAAGCGUGGUGGAUGACACCCAGUUAGACAACGUUAGGCCCAGAAAAACUGUCCUUUCUAAACAGGGGAGCAUUGAUCUGCCAAUGCCUUACACGUACAAAGACUCUUUCCAUUUUGACAUCAGAACCUGUGAUGUAAAUAGGAAGAAGAACCUUUCCCUCUGUUCAGCAAAAUCUACCUUCGCACCCCUAGAAAAAUGCAAGCCAAUGUUUUUCCACUCGGUCCCCACCCAGUUCUCCACCACCAUCGACGCCGUGCCCGUCACCCGGAGCAACUCCCUGCCCUUUGUGGAGGGCACCAGAGCGGCGCAGGACAAAGCCGGCUGCUCCAAGCCACUUUCUCUUACGAAGCAGCCGGUAAAUCCGGGUGCUGCUGCUUUGCUGCCUAGCAACAAUCUUGCUGCAAAUUCAGUGGAUUUUCCCAACAGCCAUCCCCGAGCGCUAGUCCGACAAACAGCAGUGGAUGAUUUGCCGCUCAGUAACGUGGCUGAUCAUCCUCCUGCCCCAGAGGAGCUGCAAGGGAGCAACAGGCUUGGGGCUGGAGAAGGAAUCGGUGCCAAAAAUAAGAAACACCAUCAAAGGAAGUUAAAGAUGUUCUCUCAAGAAAAAUGGCAAAUGUAUGGAGAUGAAACAUUUAAGAAAAUCUACCAGAAAAUGAAAAGCAGUCAAAAUGCCAAGAAAAUUAAACAAAGGGGGAAUAAGCUUACAGAUACUGCAAGCUUCACUCCUGACUCAAAGGAAUCAGGCAGCAGUACUGAAAUUGCUGAGGAGAGAGAUGGCGGGAGCUCUGCAAGUGACAGCCUCUCCUCCCUCGUGACAACAGGUUUGAACACCAGUAAAUCACAAACCUGUACUAAUGGUAACCAUAUUGUACAGGAUGUGUCCUCUGGGGAAACUGCCAACAGUUCAACCUACGCCACGGAGACACCGCACUCAGGAAACGCUGGUGCGCAGGCUGUGACGAGCAGGACUUCCCGAGAGCUCGGUGGCAGCGACACAGACAAGUGCUCAGGUGGCCACGGCGCGUCACCGGCUCCCAGCAGCUGUGAGCUCAGGCUCCAAAACCCGCCCUGUCCGCUCAACGCGAACGGCAGGAACGACGACCGCUUGCCAGCACAGAGUAGCAAAUGGGGAAAACCAAGCCCUGGGAAAGAAUCCAGUACAUCUGAAUCAGAGUGUAAAAGCACUUCAAACGACAACGGAAACCGUAGCAGGAGCAAGGGGACCGGCCCGCGCGCCCUGACGCCCCCGGGGGCCCAUUGCAGCAGCAACAGAGAAGCUGCAGGGAAGUCCCAGAAUUUACCAUCAGAAAGAAAAAAGCUGAAAUUUGAAGUGGAGAAGACAGAAGACAUUACUUCAAAGUCCAGCCCUACUCCCAGUAGUGAAAGCAAUGGGGGAAAAGAAGCAGAGAGGGUCUAUUGCACCAGCGCCCAGUGUCUGUCCAUGGCACCGCUGACACGCUCCGGUAAAGCAGAGGGGCAAAAAUUAAGCACAGGAAAUAAUGAAUGCACUGGAGGUACUGAGAACGUGGAGUAUAUGAAAACAAUCAAACUCCCCACAAAAGCUCUUAAUUACAGUGAUGUUAACCCUCUUUCACAUUCAGCAGGUACCUCAAAAGCUUCAUUUGUGGGAUUUUUAGGGCCUGAAUUAAGGGGAAGUGAUUGCAAUUCUUUUGCCUUGCAGAAUGCAACAGAUGAAGAUGUCAAAACACGUCUUGUGGAAACAGGAGCAAAAGCACCGCUUUUCAGUGACAAUGCUGUUGACAUGUCUUCUAAAAUUCAUCCUCGGCAACCUGGUCGUUUAACUCCAGUCCCACAACAAAAUGCCUUUGCUCCAAAAUAUAUCCUCAAAUUGCCGCAAGACAAGAGAGCCUCAGAUUUGUCGCUUUUGCUUGGACCAGAACAGAAGAUUUCACCUUGCACGUCUGCAACAGACACCUCAACCAGCCCCCCUGGCUCCCCCACCAGCGCAGCACUCCGUUCUCACUCUAACGAUGUGGUUUGGUCCCCUGUAAGACUUGAAGCCAGACAAAAGGCCAGCAAAGGAGAGCUACGGUGGAACGUACACGCCAACUGGAAAACUCCAGUAUUUUGUUCACCAGUCCAUUCAGAAACAACAAAUAGCUUAACCACAGCAGGUAACACCUUUUAUAACCAAAACUUCAGGCAGCCGGAUAUUAUAAGAGAUGCUUGGAAAAACAAACAGAACAAAAAUAAAUUAAAUUAUCAAAGGCAAACAGAAGAGAAGUGGAUGCGCACAACUACUUCUUCUACACAGACCCCCAGGAAGAACAUACGCUUUACUUCUAUGUAUCCAAGUGGUUUCUUCAUAUCAGCUGACAUCAAAGAAGAGAGGAAGGUUUUACAUCGCCUUCGCCCAGGAAGCGACUCUCUGAUGAUGCCGCCAGCCUCUAGCAAGGACGCAGAGCCAGCGGCCGAGGGCUGGGAGGGAGGAGGAGCUCCCUGCGUUCUGAGGGACCCUUCACCAGCGCUGCAGGACACGCAGCAUCCUCAGCGCUCGACGGACAGCCCCAUGUGGUUUUGCCAUUCUUUUGGCACUUUCUAUUGCCACACUCUCACCACUCGCGGUAAAGAAUUCCCAGCACCACCCCACAAUAAUCUGACUUGCUGCUCUGGAAGUUUAAUAGCAGCAAGCACGAAGGGCACCUUCCCAUCACUAAAUGCUGAACCUCGAUUAACGUGGUGUUGUUUAACGAGAAGCCUCCCUCUGCCUGCCGAGCAGAAGGGGAGUGCAGACUCUGCCUACUCCUCCAUGCACACCCGCGGCAAGGAGUCAAGCAAUGAAUGCACGCUGUCAAAAUACGAUAUUUCUAUUUUCAAAAUGAAAAAUAUUAGACACAGCAAGACUGUGGCAUACGGCUUAACAAACAGGAGUUCAAAAACACUGGUUUCAUCCCUUUCUAAAGGACAACAGACGUGGGAGUUAAGCUCAGCAGCUCCUGGUGGUGCUUUCAGAAAUAUUUCAGAGCAAAAGAAGAAAACAGUAGUUUGCAAAAAGGAAAAACUCUCAACAAACAAAGUCAAGAGGAGCCACAAACAGAAAAAGAUUAAAGUCACCCCAAAAUGGACCCGGGGGAGGCACACGCACGGAUAUGCUCAGCUGAAACUGAGCCGCCCGAGCAAGCGGCACGGCUUCCCAAAUAGAGCCCUGGAGGCUUUGAAGAAGGGCUCUUCGUCACAACCCUGUAAAUUUAACAAGAAGUGCCAUUCUUCUCAAUCAAAGGUACACGAAAAUUACCUAUACCAGCAAAAAGACACAUCUCGUUCCACCUCAGACAAGCCACUUUGCAGGAGGAAAAAAGAAGGAAAGAAUAACUCAGGAAUAUCUUCACAUAUUGAAAAUCUAAACCAUGUUAAAGAAAAAGACAAAAUGGAUAAAAAAAACGUUACAGCUCCUCUGGAAACACCUCUGGCAGCCCAUUCCUUCUCCUCCCCUGUGAGCACAGCCACCCCGCCGGCCGGCAGCGAGCCGGAGUCCUGCUGCACCGCGACACAACCCCCCCUGCUGCCCCCCGGCCCAGGGCAGUCGCAGCCAAGCGUCCCCAGCGACUCAACAGCAUCUGCUGCUUGGUCCUGCCCCUCUGAUUCUACAAGUACAGGCAGAGGUGACCAACCUGACAGCUCACACGCAGAGACUACUGGUCCUCUGCCCUUACAUCCAGAAGCAAGCCAGGGAAACACGCUGAAUAUGGACCCAGAGAGUCAAAGAUUUGGUACGUUCGAGCCGCUGACCCAAGCCUCGGGAAGGGAAAACCUUCCAGCCGAAGCAAACGCAUACUCAUCUCCAAAAGACAACUCAAUGCCCCGUUCCCAGCCUGGACGUUCACGUUUAUUGGGACCAAAGGCAGAGUCAGUCACAAGGGCGGAAUUACCCAGCACAGACUACACCGAGCAGCCAAACUUCUCUCAAAAAAUCCUCGCCCUUCAGGGAGGCGCAGAGAGGGACGGAGCCCACCUGCAGGCCAACAGCCAUGGAAGGCCACGCGGAACGGCCACUGCUGCCUUUACAGAGCCCCCAGUUACUCUCAGGUCCCCCGAGUCCGAGACUUACGCUGCAACACCUUCCAAGGCAUACAAGAAGAGAGGGUUAGAGAUGAUGAGGAAGCAAACCAGAGUUGAGUAUGAUGACACUAGCAGUGAUGAUGAAGAUAGGCUUGUUAUAGAAAUAUAGCACACGGGCUGCUAACGAGAUGCUCGUAUGAUGGCCCAUGACAGAAGGAAAUACCUCGGAUGUUUGAUCUGUCUUUCUGAAGCACCUUAAAAUCAGAGAAGCCAUUCCUCUGUGCAAUAGGCAGCAUUCUCUUCUGAAGAGAGCCCUUUACUUCAAGGACUCAAACUUUUUAAAAAAAGCUCAUUUGAAGAAAAGAGGGAGCUGGCAUCACACACUUAAAUGCAAGUGGUAAACCCAUGUUUACGAGGGGUUUCCAGCAUUGUAAACAUUCUUAGCUAAUUCCCACAAGUGCUAGCUGCCAGUGGCUGUAUUAUUAAAAGGCUAUGGUGUAUUUAUUUACUACUAACAAUACUGUAGUAGCUGCUGCCUCGGUAUAUGAGCUAAGAUCUCCUGGAAGGGUACAGACAUGUUCUUGUCUAUAUACUCUUCUUUUCCUGUAGGCACUUCCAUCUGGACUCGGAGCGAUACACUGGCAUUAAGGGUCUGGAAGGAUAUUGGAAGGGUCUGGAAAAAUGCUGAUCUUUUUCCAUGUUGCACAAAUGUCAAUGCUUCUUUGUGACAAAAGACACAAGCAUGCUUUGCCUUGUGUUUUGUGCCUUUUAUGCCAAGAUCUACUCAAAUAUUCUUGAUUUCUAGUUGGAGAAUAUGGGUGUUAGCUAUUGAUAUUUCCUUGUGGUAACAUUUCUGACAAGGAUUUUCUUGUUAUAUUCAUCACAUUGUGCUCCAACCAAUAUAAUCUGGAAUGUUUCACUUCUAUUGUAAUCUUAGGUUUAUCUGCGAUGAUGCUACUUUAUUGAGUGUAAAGAAGCUAUAUGGCAUAACUUGUUUUCUUUUUUUAACAAAAAGUUUUGUGCUACGAACCCUGAA